AUGGAUGCUGAGCAAGCGACCCUUACUUGGCGACGCGGAAACGAGAGGCCGGAUGCCGGGACGAAUGCCGCAGUCGCGUUAUCGCGAGCCUCUCCACUGGCCGAACCCACAGGAGCUCCUAAAGAACACAACCGCACGCACCGCCGGAUGGGUGGCUGGCUGGCUGACUCGCCGGGUCCGGGGUCCGGUCGGUCCACUGCUGUGUGUCCUGCGAACCCAGGCCUGAACCGACGGCCGUCGAGGGUUGACGGAGGCGACGAAUGCCACGGACAUCCCGGCUGCCGUGGUGAUUCAGAGGGCCAGGGGGGGUCGUCGUCCCCUGCGAGCAUGACAUCGCGAGAGCGUGCCGUCGAGGAGUACUUAACGUGCGCAACCGCCGGCGAAAAGGGUCCGUCUCCUGCCAUGCUCCCCUCCUCCCCUCCUCCCCUCCCCCCGGAGCAGGCUCUCGCCAUGGCUCCCUCGGCCCUGAGCCCCUCGAGCUGCGCCGAGCGCCAGGUGUUUGCGCGGAAGCCGCACGGCCGGAGGUCUCGCUCCCACAGCGGCUCCGACUCGUCGGACGCCUCGGUCGCCUCCAUCAAGCUCAACGACGGCCACUCCAUCCCCCAGGUGGCGCUCGGCGUGUACAAGGCGCCCAACGGGCGGGAGACGGAGGAUGCCGUGACGGCGGCCCUCGACGCCGGCUACCGCCACAUCGACUCGGCGGCGCGGUACGCCAACGAGGAGGCGUGCGGGCGCGCCAUCCGCCGCUGGCUCGAGGAGACGGGCACGCGGCGCGAGGACGUGUUCGUCUGCUCCAAGCUGUGGGACGCCGACCACGGCUACGAGGCCACCUUUAACGCCCUCUGCUCGUCGCUGAGCAAGUUUGGGCUCGACUACCUCGACCUGUACCUCAUCCACUCGCCGGCCGACGACGAGGAGAAGCGGCUCGAGAGCUGGCGCGCGCUCGAGACGGCGCAGAGACUGGGCAAGGUCAAGUCGAUUGGCGUGUCCAACUUUGGCGCCGCGCAGAUCGAGAAGCUGCUCGAGAAGGGCACGGUGGUGCCGGCCGUCAACCAGGUCGAGGUGCACCCCUUCUGCCAGCGCGAGGCUCUCGUCAAGCUCUGCAACAGGCACGGCAUCAAGAUCGAGGCCUACUCGCCGCUCGCGCGGGGGAACAAGCUCGAGGACCCCACGAUCAAGGCCAUGGCCGACAAGUACGGCAAGACGGCGGCCCAGAUCCUGCUCAACUGGAACGCGGCCCGCGGCAACGUGGUGCUGCCCAAGAGCCUGACGGCCAGCCGGAUCCAGAGCAACCUCGAGAGCUUCGACUUUGAGCUCGCCGGCGAAGACAUGGAAGCCAUCAACGCCCUCGGUUCGGAAAACUACGUCACGGGCAGCAUGCACAAGUCUCGCGACUGA